AUGUGGUUGCUACAAUGUUGCUUGCUGGUGCAAGCGGUGGCCACAAGAGCGGCGUAUUUCCACGAGCCAUCCAUGACAACAAUCCGGCCUCCUGAACCGUUGGCUGACGAUGCCUUCUUCGGGUACAGCGUCGCGUUUACCAAUAAUGAGCUAGUGGCAAGUGCUCCUCGAGCAGAUAAAGAUGGUCAAGUGUUUACGUGCGAUCUGGCAACUAAAAAUUGUACUCAAAUGUCGAUGCCACUCGCAGCCGUCACCUCCAGAGUUCAUGGGGGUGAUAAUUAUAAUCAUAGUUUCUGGCUUGGAGCUAGUGUGAAGGCGGGCGACGAAUAUCUAUUUGUUUGUGCUCCUCGGUGUACCAGCCAAAUACAGGUAGCAGGCAAUGUGUUUGGCACGAACGGACGUUGUUUUUAUAAAGACUAUAAAAAUCCUGGCAGCCGUUUCACCAACAUGCUCCAGAUCUCAAAGGAGGACCGAUCCAUCAAUCGCACGUAUAACGAAAACGUGACUGAUGCCUUCGGCUGGAGUAUGGAUAUAGAUAUGAAGGGCGCCCUACGGGUCGGGAGUCCAGCUAUCGCUGCAGGUCGCGUGAUGACUUAUAUCGAUCCUUCGGAGUCGGAGUCCUCCCCUCCUAAGAUUUUUAGUUCUACUAACCCAGACGGCUUCAACUUUGGAUACAGUAUUGCAAGUGGUAUUUUUAUAAAAACACGCGCAAAAUACCCAAAGCCAGAUGUAGCAAUCGGCACACCAUAUGGUGAUUACGGCAUCGGAAAGGUGAUAAUUUUUGACAAUGACCAAAAGCGGCAGUCGGACGUGGAGGACCCGGCAGGCGGGGUGGGGUCCAUGUUCGGCGCAGCGCUGUGCUCGGCGAAACUUGACGGCGACUCUGCCUCGCUACUCGUAGGGGCGCCUGCGCAUUUCAGUGGCGACGACAAGUACCACACCGGAAUCGUGUACAUUUAUAGGCAUAAGACAAAGAAAAUUAUGAAGAAUGUGAAGCGAAUUGAAGGCCCUAAUAAAAAUGGAGCAUUCUUUGGUUACGCUAUUGCUAACAUCGGGGACAUGGACAAAGACGGAAAAGAUGAAAUAGUCAUAGGGGCCCCAUAUGAAGACGACGGCAAGGGUGCCGUAUACCUGUACGCGGGGUCAGCCCUAGACGACAAAUCGAUGACCACCUCCUGGCUGCAGCGUUUCCAGCCCAAGACCUUCCAGAACCUGGGCCUGAGUCUGGUCGCCAAUAAGUACUCUAACAACGCUUGUAGUGGCAAGUUGAUACACAAAUUUAGCUUCUUAAAGCUUUAG